GACAAAAGUUUCCACAGAGCAAAAGGCAAAUGUCAAAUCAUCUGAAGAGACACAAGCUGAUGCAGAGACGAUGGAGAGAACAGAGACAUCAUUUGAAGAGACGAUGGCUCAGAAAAACCUUAAGUGUCCAUUUCCUCCUAGCUUCCAACGUCCGUCCCCCGUCAGAUCUUCUGCUCUUCCUCAGAUUUUGCAGUCUGUGGAGGAACCAGAAGUUGAUACGGAAACAAUAGAGAGAACAGAGACACCAUUUGAAGAGACAAUGGUUCAGGAAGACCACCAAAGUCCAUUUCCUCAUGCCUUCCAUCAUCCAUCCCCCGUCAGAUCUUCUGCUCUUCCUCAGAUUUUGCAGUCUGUGGAGGAACCAGAAGUUGAUACGGAGACAAUGGAGAGAACAGAGACACCAUUUGAAGAGACAAUGGUUCAGGAAGACCACCAAAGUCCAUUUCCUCAUGCCUUCCAUCAUCCAUCCCCCGUCAGAUCUUCUGCUCUUCCUCAGAUUUUGCAGUCUGUGGAGGAACCAGAAGUUGAUACGGAGACAAUGGAGAGAACAGAGACACCAUUUGAAGAGACAAUGGUUCAGGAAGACCACCAAAGUCCAUUUCCUCAUAGCUUCCGUCCUCGAUCCCUUGUCAGAUCUUUUGCUCUUUCUCAGAUUUCACAGUCUGUAGAGGAGACAAAAGUUUGUGCUAUGUCAGCGGUAGAACGUCAAAGUCUGUCUUCUGUCCACACCCAUCCUUCCUCGUCUGUAAAACUGCCCAAAAUUCAGACUCAAGCAAAGCCGUCACUUCAGAAGUCUGAGAAACCUGAGACUCACAAAUAUGAUUCCGCAGUCUCGGGCAGCAUUGAGGAGCAGUACAUGAAGAACAGCGAGGAGGACGGAGACAAACUGCUUCAUGCUAGCAUGAAAGACCCAUCGUUCAUAAUUGACAUCAAAGCUCAAGAAAACAACCUCCAGCAGCUGGAUCGAGCUUUUCAAAAUAACAACAUUUCCUCUGAAAUGUACAACCUGUGCAGAGGAACCGUCAAUCAGACACUUAAGAGUGUUGAGCUGCGUCUUGGAUGUCUUUUACGGAGAUACAUCAAACAUGUCCAAAUGAAGCAAUUAAGGAAGACGCUCGAUGGAAAUUUCAAGGCCACCAGAAAUUUAAGGGAUGGACUGGAGUUCAAAAAAGUCCAUUCUCAGCUCUGCAAGUUUGACCGUUUCCAGCAGAGUGUGAACAAAAUCUGGGACGCCAAGCAAGCCUCCACUGAUGAGACGCGAGAACUCUGCAUCGCACGGACGGCCCAUUUAUACCAGCAGGUGAACGCGGUGCAUGGCCUACAUCUGACAGGCAUAUCAUUUGUGCAAAGGCAUGUAUCACUGCCUCUGCUCACUGUGACACCCGUGCGGUUCAGCUCCAAUUUGUGUCCAUCUCCUCCUCGUGGACCACGAACUUCACCCAGCAGAGCCAGUCCAGCACGCCAUCCUCAAAUCCACCCCAAACCUCUGCACCACACGACCAGGAACACACCAGGCAGUUUCCUGAAGAUCAGUCACAUUCAAUAAUGAUGGCCAGUGUCAACAUAAUGGCUUGUAUCUGAACCCAAGAACAGAUUAUUGAAAUGUCACAAAAUUAAAACAAAAGCGAGGACGCAUCAGGAACAGACUCUGGAAAAACAGAAGCACCGGCCUGUAGACAUAGGAAGAUGAAUAUAAAUAUAAAGAUUGGUUAACCCAUAUUAGUGAUUUCAAGCUUCGCCAGAGUCAAAUAGCCAAUGUUAUAUUAAGGAAGAGCUAUGU